AUGUUGAAUGGUGUAACUAACGGAGGUGGACUGAGUGAAACACAGCUUGACGAGUUGCGCGCAGAAAGCGAGCUCAAUUCUGAUCUUGCUAACAAGCGUUUGCAAGAAAUCCAUGAGCUGAAUGAACGAAUACAAAAGUUUGUGGAAGACACCUCUGCAUACAGUUCAUCUGCUCAAAUCAUUCAAAGCACGGAGUACCAAAAUCUAGUUGCGUUCUACUCUGUCGUUAUUGAUGAAUGCCGAAGGCUGAGGAGUGAUUUCGAAGCAGUCACAGAGGAACGUGAUCUUUUGCGUCAAGAAAUGCUGCAGAAGGUGGAAGAGAUGAAGGCCGACGAGCAUCAAUCAAUGCGCAAAAUGCGAUCGUUAUGUGAGCAAAUCACCCGAGAUUUGAACCAAAUGCGAACAGAAUCAGAUAUGCUGCGAAUGGAGUUUGAACAAUCUUUGGCAGCUCAUAGCAAACAGGAUGCAAAACAACAAGAUAUAAAAGUCCUGUUUGGUACGUUGAAAACACAGAACUAUCAGCUCAACUCUGAUGUCGCCAAGUAUAGAAAGAAGUGGAAAGAAGGUGUGAACACGAACUACAAGAUUCAAACGGAACUGGAUACUGAAAGGCGUCGGCUAGAAAGAUGUCUUGUGAUAGAGCUUGACGAUGAAGACUCGAAUGAGUUGGCUAGUCCAGAUCAAUCGCGAGACGAUUUGGACAUCGGUGAUGACGCGAAUGGAGAAAGGUAUGAGUUUUUCUGUACUCUCUAGGC